UUCACACACACCUGCGCUCUCCUGAGACUUGCUACUGACCGAAAGAGGGAGGUUUCUAUCCAGUGCACAGUGCAGAAAGAGCAGAGAGAGUGAGGAGUAGCGCUGCCCUGCCUGUCAGAGAAUAGCUUCAUUUAACACACAAUAAAAGAGCGAAGGACUCCGGGGAAAGUGAAAUGUCAGCGCGAAUAUCUUGAAGAAACCACUGAUUUACUUCUUCAUCUCUUUGGUUCCUAUUCAAGAGUUUAUCCAAGAACCUGAAGUGGAGAGGUAAAGGUUUGAAGAAGCAACAAAUCAAGGUUUUGAGGAGGAAUCAUUGGAAUCUGUUUCCAAGUGUAUUUUCCAGUUUUCUGUUUUGGAUAAAAAUGCCAGAGAAGAAGAUCGGAAGUCCAGGGAUGAGCAUCUUCAGCCGGUGUCGGGUGGCCGCUGCAGUAGCUCUGAUCUUGAUCAUACUGGGAGGGCUGGGAGCCGCCGUCUGGGCCCUUGUCACGUAUCUCAGAACAACAGAAGAUACUGGAUUAUUUGAUGAAAGGCUAAAAACCGGUAAGCUCUCUAAAACAUUCUUCAUGUUUCAUUUCUGUUUCAGUAAAUGUGACAAAGGUCAGAUAAUUGAGGUGAUUUGUCAGGACUGUGGUCGUCGUAUGCUGCCUGAAGAGCGGAUCGUGGGGGGAGUGGAUGCUCGUCAGGGUUCGUGGCCAUGGCAGGUCAGCUUACAAUAUGAUGGAGUUCAUCAGUGUGGUGGAUCCAUCAUUUCAGAUCGCUGGAUCAUCAGUGCUGCUCACUGCUUUCCUGAGAGGUAUCGUCAUGUUUCACGCUGGCGGGUUCUGAUGGGAACCAUCUACAACACUCCCAUCAGUAAGAAUGUUGUGAUCGCUGAGGUGAAGACGGUUGUCUACCACAGCAGCUACCUGCCCUUCGUAGACGCCAACAUUGAUGACAACAGUCGUGACAUAGCAGUCCUGGCACUGACAAAACCUCUGCAGUUAACUGAUUAUAUCCAGCCAGUGUGUCUUCCUACCUACGGCCACCGUUUGGCAGAUGGGCAGAUGGGUACAGUAACCGGCUGGGGUAACAUGGAGUAUUAUGGUUAGUAAUCUCAUGCUGUGUUUUUGAAGUGCUGUAUUCCACUGUUUAUCAUUGUUUACCUGAAAAUGGAGAUCUGUUGUCUGUCUGUCUAUCAGUCUGUCUGUCUGGCUUUGACCUUUGUGUCAUUGCGUUAUGAGAAAGGAGGAACCGACUCCUGCCAGGGGGACAGCGGUGGUCCUUUUGUAGCAUCAGAUGUCCUGUCUAAGACCAGCCGCUAUCGUUUGCUGGGGGUGGUGAGCUGGGGCACAGGCUGUGCCAUGGCCAAAAAGCCCGGCGUCUACACCCGUGUGUCACGCUUUCUGCCGUGGAUAUCCACAGCCAUCAGGAUGUAUGAAAACUCCCCAGGGGUGCACAAAAUGGCACGGGCGGUUACACCAUAGCCAUUCAGAGUGGAAAAAUGCUUAAAAUGAGACUGAAAUGUGGCCCGUUGAGGUCAGAUGUGUUGCUCGGAUCAGUCUGAGAUCAGACGUCUGGUGCUGAUCAGAUGUUCUGUGAUGAUCAACCUGUCUCAAGGAUAAUAUCUGACUCUCGGAGGCCAAGAACAAUUUCUGAUGCUGUACUUUGGGGUUUAAUAUGCUUAUGAACAUAGCAUGUUUCAUUAACAUAAAACAUGCUAUUUUUCUCUGAAAAUCUGUCACCAAAAUACAGUAAAAUAUGAUAUAUAAGGUAAUCAAAUUAGCAAUUUUGACUGAUCCCAAAACCACUCAUAAUAUGUGUGUGUAUAUA